GGCCGCCGGGACCCGCGGCUCCGCAGAGUUGCUGCCGUUGCUGCUGUUGAGAGGCGGCGGCGGCGACGUUGCAGGCAGGCGGGAAGGAUGGUGUUAAUGCGGCCGGAGUGGCGAAUGAGGUUUGGCCGAAGGAACCGGACUGAGGUUUGGCAGAAGCAACGUGUGUCCAGGAGCAGCCGGCACGGGUGCCGCUGAGGCAGCUCGGACGGACAAGGCAGACAGACCCACGGAAGGCGAACCGAGAGUCAGCCCCGUGGGGCCGCGCCGUGGGCGAGAUGCCUGGGCCACCGGUGUCGCUGCUGCCACUGCCGCUGUUGCUGCUCCUGGCCGCCGGCAGUGCCGGGGCCGCGCCACUUCCGCAAACAGGUGCAGGGGAGGCGCCUGCUGCAGAAGUCCCCUCGUCAUUUGUGGUCCUGUCUGUGUGCAGUUUAAUGAUCCUAAUAGUGUUGAUUGCAAACUGCAUUUCCUGCUGUAAGGACCCAGAAAUUGACUUUAAGGAAUUUGAAGAUAACUUUGAUGAUGAGAUUGACUUCACACCACCAGCAGAGGACACGCCCUCCGUCCAGUCCCCCGCAGAGGUCUUCACGCUGUCAGUGCCAGGCAUCUCACUCCCAGCCCCAGCACAGCUCCAGCCUUCUGUGGAAGGUUUGAAGUCUCAAGUUGCUCGCCACAGUCUAAAUUAUAUACAGGAAAUCGGGAGUGGCUGGUUUGGAAAGGUCCUCCUUGGAGAGGUUUACACGGGCAGCAGCGUGGCGAGGGUGAUAGUGAAGGAGCUAAAGGCCAGUGCCAACCCAAAGGAGCAGGAUGCCUUUCUGAAAGAUGGCGAGCCCUACUAUGUUCUUCAGCACCCAAACAUUCUUCAGUGUGUCGGACAGUGUGUAGAAGCCAUUCCUUACCUGCUGGUGUUCGAGUUCUGCGACUUGGGCGAUCUGAAGGCUUACCUGCGCAACGAGCAAGAACACGUGUGGGGCGACUCGCAGACCAUGCUGCUGCAGAGGAUGGCGUGUGAGAUCGCCGCGGGGCUGGCGGCCAUGCACAAGCUGCGCUUGGUGCACAGUGAUUUGGCCCUGCGGAAUUGUUUUCUGACCUCUGACUUAAACGUGAAGGUGGGCGACUAUGGGAUAGGAUUCAGCAGGUACAAGGAGGAUUACAUUGAGACAGAUGAUAAAAAGGUUUUCCCUCUGCGAUGGACUGCUCCAGAAUUAGUAACCAGCUUUCAAGACCGACUGCUCACUGCAGACCAAACUAAGUACAGCAAUAUCUGGUCACUGGGCGUGACACUCUGGGAGCUCUUUGACAAUGCUGCCCAGCCGUACGCAGACCUUUCGGACCUGGAUGUUCUUAAUCAGGUCAUCAGAGAGAGGGACACGAAGCUGCCAAAGCCCCGGCUGGAGCAGUCCUACUCCGACAGAUGGUAUGAAGUGUUGCAGUUCUGCUGGCUGUCGCCAGACAAGAGGCCAGCUGCGGAAGAUGUGCACAGGCUGCUGACCUACCUGCGGACGCAGAGUCAGCGCGUCUCAGAAGUGGAUUUCGAGCAGCAGUGGAAUGCGCUCAAGCCAAGCGCCAACAGCACUUCAAGUAGCGCUGCCUUCCCAAUCCUCGACCACUUUGCCAGGGACCGGCUGGGUCGUGAGAUGGAAGAGAUCCUCACGGUGACCGAGACAAGUCAGGGGCUGAGCUUCGAGUACAUCUGGGAGGCCGCCAAGCACGACCAUUUUGAUGAGGGCUGCCGCGGCCACCCAGACGAAGGCUUGUCCUAUUCCAGCAUGUUCUUCCCAGUUGAAGUAUUCGAGAGUUCCCUUUCGGAUUCUGGGCCAGGAAAGCAGGAUGACAGUGGCCAAGAUGUCCCACUGCAGGUCCCCGGAGUGGUUCCUGUGUUUGAUGCCCACAACCUUUCUGUUGGAAGCGACUAUUAUAUCCAGUUAGAGGAGAAAAGUGGGAGCAACCUGGAGCUAGAUUAUCCCCCGGUCCUGCUCACAACGGAGAUGGGAGAUCCUGAGAGGGUGGGAGCCGAGGUGCUCCAGGGGAGUGCCCCCAGGCACCUGGAGCUGGAGGAGCCCAGCACAGAUGAGGAUUUCUUCCAGAGUGGCACGGACCCCAAGGAGGCUGGUGGAGCUGAGGACUUGCCUAUAACCAGUGGCCCGGAGAGCCCUUUCAAUAGCAUAUUCAGUGAUCUCGACAAAGUGGAGGAUUUGCCCGGUCACCAAAAAAUAUUCGACUUAAUGGAGCUAAAUGGACUUCAAGCCGACUUCAGGCCAGCCAUCUUAAGUUCAAGUUUAGAUGACCCCAAAGACACUUGUCACUCUGACAAAGAAAAGCCCCAUAAGCUUUUUGAGCAUGCGCCUGUCUGCUUAUCAGAAAGCCUUCUGCCCCAAGACCACCUUGAUCCAUUGAACGUUCAAGAGCUGUCUGAUAACUUCCUAUUCCUUCGCGAGAGAAACUUGCUGAUGGGCUCACUCUCUCGCAAGGAGCCCGUAGACAAUCUUCAGACAGAACUGAGGAACGCUGGCUUCAUUGGGGCCGUAGUAGAGAUGGCACGGACGGACUUUCUGGACGCCGAGCGUGCGCCCAGUGCAGCGGGCUCUCCUGCCUCACAGAGCGGAUGCGCCAAGGGCCAAGCUGCAGGUGUCACGGUCAAGGGUGAUGUUUGGAGCACCUCGGUGCAGUCUUCCCCGAAAGUGCAGGUACCUCCUACCUCACUCUUAGCAGAAGAAACACCUCCUGCUGAACCCCCAGACUCAAUUCUGAGGCCAGAGGCAACCAAGUCCGUGAGCUUAGAUGUCAGCAUCCCCGAGGACUGCCUCUGUCAGGACCUGAGGCCAGAUGCCGUUACCACCCCAACUGAAAUUCCCUCCACGGAUGCCAAAACCCGCGGCGGGGACGACAGUCCCCCAGACUGGGCUUGCCAAAGUGAGGAGGCCUUGAGACCGAGCAAAAGGGACUCUGCUCCCGUGGGUGAUGCUUUCAUGGGUCAGGGGAGCACAGGGAGUGGUCUUCCAGAAUUGACGCAGAACUUAAAAAAUCAGCCGCUUCCAGAGGAACAUCAUGGCAGCAGUCUGCUGGAGAAAAGCAUGGAUGCCGUGGAGACUUUAAACCAGCUCAGUUGUAAAGAUGCCACAAAAGACGUGGGCUUGGCGUCUGCCCUGUCCUCAGACUCUACGAGCCAGGACAGCCUCUUGGAGGACAGCUUGUCCCCAGCCCUCCCCACCCCCGAGCAGUCACUGGAGACCCCGGACUCCAUGGACUCCGUGGACGUCCAUGAGGUGCUGCUGGAGUCGCUGGGCUCCCACGCCUCUCAGAAACUCCUGCCCCCCGAUAAGCCAGCAGACAGCGGCUACGAGACGGAGAACCUGGAGUCCCCUGAGUGGACCCUGCACCCCACCCCCGAGGGCCCUUCAGACUCAGCCUCGGCUGCGGCAGGGGACGGUGGGCAUAGCAGUGUGCCUCCCAACCCAGUCAUUGUCAUCUCAGAUGCAGGUGACGGCCACAGAGGUGCAGAUGGCACCCCACAGACCUUUAUCCCCGGCACUCAGAGUUCAUAUCGAGACUCUGCCUACUUCUCAGACAAUGACUCAGAGCCAGAUAAAAAGCCUGAAGAGGUCCCUGGAACCUCAGCAUUGGCAGAGGGCCAGCCCCUGCCCAAGCCAGGCACCCUGGAGGAAGGCCCUGAUGCCAAAGACAGCUGCCUGGAGACUCAGCAGAGCCAGCCCGAUCCAGGUUGCCCAUCUGCUUUACCAAAUUCCAGUCACCUGGAAUUAGAGGAAGCGUUGGAGUCAGCGGUGGCUGACAAUUUCAGACAGUCGCAAGCUGUGGAGGAUGAGGCUGGCAGCACCUUGGUCUUGGUGAACUCGGAGCUCAGCAGUGGUGAUGACUUGGAGACCCACGAGGAUCACCCUUGCACCCUCGCCUCCACGGGGACUAACACCAAUGAGCUCCUCGCCUACACCGGCUCCGCGGUGGACAAGUCCUCGUCUGGCCACACCGAGGCUCCCAGGCUAAAGGAGCCAGAUAUCGAGGGAAAGUACCUGGGCAAGCUUGGGGUGUCUGGGAUGCUCGACCUCUCUGAGGACGGGAUGGAUGCUGACGAGGAAGACGAAAACAGUGAUGACUCGGACGAUGACCUGCGGGCCUUCAACCUGCACAGCCUCAGCUCCGAGUCGGAGGAUGACACAGAGCACGCAGUGCCCGUGAUCCUCAGCAAUGCUGACGACAGCCGGCAUCUGCGGAGCCUGUUGAAGCCCGUGGCCGCUGACUGGAGGAAGGAGAAGAAGGCAGUAACCUUCUUUGAUGAUGUCACAGUCUACCUGUUUGACCAGGAGACCCCGACCAAAGAGCUGGGACCCUGUGGAGGAGACGCGCAUGGCCCCGGGCCCAGCAGCCCCGCUGUGCCCUCAGGCUCGCCCUACCUGAGCAGGUGCAUGAACUCUGAGAGCUCCACAGAUGAAGAAGGUGGCGGCUUUGAGUGGGAUGAUGACUUCUCCCCAGACCCUUUCAUGUCCAGGGCCACAAGCAGUCUCCUGGGCACCCAGCCGGCUCUUCAAGCCUCCAAGUACUUCUCCCCACCGCCCCCCACCCGGAGCACCGAGCAGAGCUGGGCACAUGCGUCACCCUGCUCCCGCUUCUCCAUCUCCCCCGCCAACAUCGCCAGCUUCUCCCUCACGCACCUCACCGACUCGGACAUGGAGCAAGGAGGCAGCAGUGAAGACGGAGAAAAGGACUAGGUAGCCCCGGUGCUAUCCUGUGUGAGCCCAAGCAGCAGCGUCUCUCCCCGGUGGCUGAUGGGAGACUGUGAGGACGACUCGAGGUGAAGGGGAGUCAUUGCCAUGCCAGGCAGCUGACCUCCCUGUGGCCGCACCCUCUCCAUCUGUCCCUCACACACUUGAAGUGCCCAUGUGCUGGGAGCCCUGUGCACCAGGGUGGUGUCCUCUGGUCUGGGCACAGGUGGCACAGAGCAGGCCCUGGAGAUGGUCACCAGUGAGUCAUAUUUAUUGUUUUGAAAGCCGUGACUACUUGCUGUCUGAAUUGCACUGUGGACAAGCCUUCCAGGAGUCCCGAGUGUCCAGUCGUGAGCCACUCGAGGAAACCAUGCCAGUGGUAGUGGAGCCAGUGCUGCUGAAACCUGGACAUUUUUCCUGUCUGCAUGGUACUUGUGACGACUGGUGUUCAGCACAUACGGGACUUUUGGAAAUCCCCAGCCUGGAUCUUAGUGGUUUACCUUUCCUGUAGGAAAUAUUUUUGAAAAGUCUGACAAUGCUGCUGUUCCCUUGACUGACUCCCGUGUAUGUCUCCUCCGGAAGAGGGUCCCCACAGCAGACGCACUUCCCUGAGGGGCUUAAGGCCCUGCAGCCUCUCGUGUGACUCUCUCUCUCUGCCCUCAUCUGGUCAAGAACAACAGGUGUACCCCAAAGCUUGGCUCCCUGUUGCAGGGCUCAGGGUACCCUUCCUUACCCUCUUCAAAGGCCAGGCUACAGUACUUCUUGUGAGUCUGCCCUCCAAGAAGAUGGGGCCUCCGAGGCCCCCGUGUCCCCACAGAGGGCCCCUGCCAUCAAGGCCAGUUUAUCCCCCUAAGCUGUCACUGAGUCGAGCUCUUGAAGCUCUCCAGAGCAGGACUUGCCCCUUGGAACCACUCCAGGUUUCAGCCAGGUGUGGCCAGUCUCUGUAACCCAGGCGAUGACUAUCCUGCAGCUGGGAGAAGGGGAACAUGGAGCCAUGGCAGAGCCCUGGCAGCCAGCAUACCCUCCUGCUUGUCCCCAACAUGGCCCUGGCUCCUCUGCAUGGCCUGCCUUCCCUUGUGCAUUCAGCACUGAGCUCUCCUGCUCUGAAAGGGCCCGAGUGGCCCCUGGGCGCCUUCGCCUGUUGCUGGCGGGGUCAGAUGCCCACACAGCUGGCGUUGCUCUGCUCCAUGGGCGGUCAGUCAGAGCAGGGCACCGUGCCACUGGGCCCUCACUCGGCUUCCACACUGAAUAUUUUCCGGUGCUGAACCGCUUUCCAGCCUCAGCAGACACUGGGAUGACUUCCAGCCCUUUCUGGGGCCACCAUGCUGUCAGAGGGGACUUGGGUCCUGGUGCACACGUGGGCAUUGGCUGGAGUUUACACAGAAAAUUGUGACCUCCAUCAUGAGUUUGGAUUCACUCCACGGGGUUUUUAUACUAAGCAAUAAUUUCUCAAAGCAGCACACGUCAGAGCAUAUCCCCAUGUCCCUCAUCCCACAGAGCCGCUGGAUCUCGGGACAGUGGCGUGUGUAUUUAAAAACAGGGCAUUUGAAGGUGAUUUUGCCAAAACUGUCAGAAUUCUAAAUUUCUUGCUGUGGAACUUCCUGAAUUUUUUUGACUUUUUAGCUCUAUCUUCCAGUUGUAGUUGAGAGAUGAGUCGAUCUCACCUGUGGUUUUUUUUUGUUGUUGUUUUUAUUUAUUUAAGGCAGCAUCUCCUGUGAUCCCAGGCUGGAAUGAAACACCCAGUCCUCUUUUCACCUGUGUUUUUAAGAGACAGCUCAGACUUCGGUCCCACUAUUGAGCAGCCUCCCAGGACUCAGAGCCUCCCAGAACUCACAGCCUCCGGGCAUGGCCCGCCCAGGAAAUGUCCAUGAAUAUUUGGGGCUGUGUAUUUUUCACCAUAUUAUGGAGAUUUUAACAUUGUUCCCAUUUUUAUUUAAGUCUGUAUCGUUCUCAUAAUUGCCAAAAACAAAGCAUUUUAUACAUGGGGGAUCUUCCUGUGGCCACGAAUGGAAGGGAAGACUUUAUAUUUCUGAUGAAGACGUGAGCCAGCGGGUUCUUUUGAGAUCUCAAGCAAUACAGAAAGUUUAGAUUCAGACUUCAGGCCGCUUUCAAAAUGUCAGCGUUUACUCGUAGAUGAGUUAGGAGCGCUGGGUUUGCCAGUCGUUCCUAGUAAAUCACGGGACGGGAUAAACCACUGUUGUCUCCAGACGGAGGGGGCCAUUCCUGCUUCACAGCCAUGUUUCCGGUCUGCUUUGUACAAAUAAUGCAAUUUUCACUUCCUUCCUAGCUGGAUCCUGAUUUUUGGGAUAUCAAAUGACUGUCAUAAGCCAGAAAGAACGUGCUGGAAGCUCUCCUCCUGAGACUAGGACUGAGUCUGGGCUGGAAGCUCGUCUUACGGUGGAAAGAGCCCUAAGCAGAGCCGCGCACGGCUCCCAGGCGGUUUUCAUCACAGGCCUGACUGGCUCCAGGCGAUGGUCUGUGGGACAAGGCUGUGUGUCUUGCUGCCCUAAAACCCUUCCAGAACCUUCCUCUUCUUUGUACUUCCCAUCGGGUAUCUGCACAAGGAAUGACCUGCGUGUCCAUCCGAGGGCCGCCUUACUCUGCCCGCCGGGUGUCGGGACCUCUGUGCAGCCCCCGGGCACUUGGGUUCUGGGAAACCAUGUCCUGAGUGGGAGUGGGCUGUCACCGGCCUUGACUGUGACAGAGAGCACUCCUGCAAGUAAAUCCGUUCCGGACGUUGGGACGUUGACAGUAUUGCGUCCCCAACAGCUGGUGACAGGCCGUUGAGCUGUGGACAGGACGGGGACUGGGUCGGGGCCACUGCAGAUCCGUCCAGACACAAUGGGAGAGGCCCCGGCAGCAGACAGCUAAGGAGCUUUUGUCUAAUUGUGUGCGUUUUUAAACUGUACCAUUUCUACUGUACAU